UUGCCAAUUUUUGCCAAGUUUGUGUAAUCCCAAUCUUAAUAGAUUUCUAAAAAUAAUCCCUAAUCCCAAUUCCAUUUUGAACGAGAAAAAACCCCAGUGAGUGAUGGCGGCCACCGAAGAUAAAUCAUCAUCAUCAGAAGAAGAGGUAAUGGUGAGGAAAAUAGGAUGUUACGGAGAGAAGGUGAGAGUGUUAAUGGUUGGGGAAGACUCGGCUGCGGAGGAAACGAUGUUGCUUUGGGGAAUCCAACAGCCCACACUCUCAAAACAAAACGCAUUCGUCUCCCAAACCUCUCUCCAACUUCGCCUCGACGCUUGUGGCCACGCUCUCUCCAUUCUCCAGUCUCCAUCUUCUCUAACCAAGCCUGGUGUCACUGGAGCCGUCAUGUGGGACAGUGGUGUUGUACUUGCUAAGUUUCUUGAGCAUGCUGUGGACUCCGGAUUGCUUGUUUUUCAAGCCAAGAAGGUUGUUGAAUUGGGUUCUGGUUGUGGCUUAGUUGGCUGUGUUGCUGCUCUUUUAGGUGCUCAUCAAGUUUUUCUUACUGAUUUGUUUGAUAGACUUAAGUUAUUGAGGAAGAAUGUUGAGGUCAAUUUGGGACAGGGACAAGCCCAUCUCAGGGGUUCUGCUACUGUUAUGGAACUUGUAUGGGGUGAUCAUCAUCCUCACAAGGAUCUACUUCACCCUCUACCUGAUUAUGUGCUUGGUUCUGAUGUAAUCUAUAAUGAAGAAGCAGUGACGGAUUUGGUGGCUACUUUACUGCAACUCUCUGGAUCUGAAACAACGAUCUUUUUGGCUGGUGAACUUCGAAAUGAUACUAUCCUCGAAUACUUUCUAGAAGUUGCAAUGAAGUAUUUCAUAGUUGGGCGUGUGGAUCAGACACAGUGGCAUCCAGAUUACUGCAGCAGCCGUGUUGUUUUAUACAUUCUAGUGAAGAAGUGAUAGAGAGAAUUAAGAUCAGUUCUUUGCAUAUUCUUUUGUAAGUUGGUAAUUAUAUCUGCAUUUUGCUUGGGCUUUGUAUCAAAUGAAUGAAAUGAUAAAGGGUAGGGUUGGGUUGGGGUAACUUGGUUCAAAUAUAACUUACUAAUCACCAAGAAAUAUGAAAAAAAGGGUUGUUAAGCAACCUUUUGGAUGAGAAGAGAAGAAACACUUUUUGACUUUGCUUAUUGCCUUGUGAAUCUGGCUUGGCAUGAGUUACAUAAUUUCUCCGGGUAAACCCCUUACAAUCAGAUUUAAUUGCUUCCUGACAAUAUAUAUAUAUAUAUAUAUAUAUUGAUAACCUUUGGGCCAAAUUAUCGGUUGAAGCAGCGAAGUGCCCCGCUUUGACCCUGGUCAUUAGAGUGUGAAGGGGGUUUAUCUUAUGGUAUAAACAUAAGUGUGUAGGCUUACUGAAAAGAAGAAUAUAUGUAUUCUUGGUCAUUAGAGUGUGAAGGGGGUUUAUCUUAUGGAAUAAACAUUAGUGUGUAGGCUUACUGAAAAGAAGAAUAUAUGUAUUCUUGGUCAUUAGAGUGCGAAGGGGGUUUAUCUUAUGGUAUAAACAUUAGUGUGUAGGCUUACUGAAAAGAAGAAUAUAUGUAUUCUUGGUCAUUAGAGUGUGAAGGGGGUUUAUCUUAUGGUAUAAACAAAGGUGAGUAGGCCUAUCAAAAAGAAGAAUAUAUGUAUUCUUUUAGAAUAAUUGCUUUAGGUACUCAAUGGAAAUUCUUAACUAUGUGAUUUAAUAAUAGCCAAACUGUUAACAUUUAUUUCACAUAUUAUUCGUGGCAAAAGAAUUACUUAAUUGCAGUUAUCAACCUUGAAAGAAAUUAGCACAUCUUUCCUAAACUUCUAGUGCUUUUCAUGUACAUGUUUUUAUUCCAAAACAUGUAUAAACUGAACCAUUAUGCUAGUCAAUUUUUUAGCUCAUAUGAGACCUUCGUCAUAUAAAUGAACCAUCAAAGACAUGAUGUAGCAAGUUGUUGCGGCAUUUUAAUUGAUAAAUGCAUUAUCAAAGAUUUCUAGAUCUAUGGUAAGAUUAUCCAAAGUUCUUAGCUACCAAAUUAUUGUUCCAAAUGUUAGUUAAUUGAAGCUAAUAGCUUAACAACUUUCGUCAUCAAACCUAAAGUCUAUGUUUAA